GCGAGUUGUACCGCCGAUGCACGGAAUGUACGCAUGAGUGCGAUAAGAGAUCGCGUCAAUCAACUUUUGCACGGUCUGUACCGCUUUUCUGACGUCUGGACCGUCUCGGUCGUGUACACGUGCGCAUUGAUCAAUUAAUGAUUUAGGGAUGAAGAAGGAGCUUAUCGCGAGCUAAACACGCGAACCGCGUCCGAUUCUGCGGUCCGAGGCGUCCGUUACUGAGUGCUUUGUCAUGGAGGAAGGCAAAGCAAUCAGUUGCAAGGAUAGGAUGGACGCUGAACGGCACAGGGUCUGCGAGAGCGACGAGAUCGAGAAUUCCGAUGAGAGUGACAGGCCGUCCGGCGAGAGAUGGGCUCCUGUUGGCGCGAACGACGGCGACAAUGAAUUCACGGACGAAUACAAAUACGUCAAUGCCAUGGAGAACCUUACCUACGAUAUGGAAAGAGUCAAGAUGUUGGAAGAGGAACAAGAAAUGUUAAACUCAUCUCUAAUAGCAUUAACUACUCACUUUGCUCAGGUUCAGUUUCGCCUCCGACAAAUUGUAGAUGCGCCAGCCAGUGAGAAGGAGACAUUGCUCAAAGAGUUAGAAGAAUUUGCAUUUAGGGGAAUACCAGAUGUACCAAAUAACUUACUGUUAGAGAGCAGAUCUGUCACACCAAUUUCCCCUGUACCAUGUGAUCGAAGUGUAAAUGGUGUGAUCACCGAUGCGGAGAUCGAGUCUAAAAUGGCGUUGCAAAGAACGAAACAGAGAGAACUGAUAAGCCAACUGAAAUCUCAACUGGAGGAUCUGGAGAAGUACGCGUACGAGACAGGCGACGCUGAUCUGCCGCAGAGUGUUAUUCUGGAGAGACAAAAUAUCAUAAUUAGUCACCUGAAGGAAAAGUUGAACUUUGACGUCGACGAUCUGUGCAAAUUGCCGGCAGAUGAUCUCAGAUGGCAAGUCGAUUACGCGAUAAGUCAAAUUGUCAGCCCGUUAAAGAUGAAGGAGCAACUGGUCUCUCAGCUGAAAACGCAGAUCGCCGACUUGGAGCGUUUCAUAAACUACCUCCAAGGCGAGGUCAGCACGGAAACUUUGGCGUGCACAUGCGCGUGCCCAGUGCACGCCGGCGGCUCGGGGCCGAGCACCGGCUCCGGCACUUCGAGCUCAUACGGCAAGCGUCACUUCGACAGAAAACCCAUCGAAGAGGACGGCAACCGCACCAGGACGCUCAACACCGUGCGGAAGGUGGUCGCGCUCCUGCACAUGUUCCUGAUGUCGCAGCUGGGCUGCGGCAGUGAGCGCGUGCGUCGGAACUUCAAGAAGAAUCCAGUGCACAACUGGCGCGAUCUGCGCACCAGGCUGGACAUCGCCGUGGAGCACGUGCUAGAGACGAUCGCCGAGGCAUCGCAGCGGCAUCCUGACGAGGAGGACGACGAUAUGGACAAUGAGAACGACUACACGUCCGACUCGGACUCGGCGUCGCACGCAAACGCGAAGCUCACGUCCGCGGUGAGGAAGCAUUUGGCCGCCUCUAUCCGAGAUUUGAUACAGCACGGUCUGACGUCCGACGUGCUACGCUCCACCAGCGUGGUGCCGUUCGUCGGCUGCUUUCCGCAGCGGAACGUCUCGUCGUCCAAUUUCAUGCACGCCUGGGAGCUGAUACUAAAGUACUACGAGAUCAAGAACGGACGACGCUACAACUCCAGUCCAGCGCAGAAGUUGUCGCAGAGCUUUAAUUUGGAUCUCGCGGCUGGCAGAAUGGCGUCCUCCAAACAAAGCUUACUCACGACCAUAGGUAACAUUAUCACCUCCCACAGCCCGUACAAACGAAGCUACGACUCGCAUUUCAAGGCGUUCAUAUGCGCGGCUUUGAACGCAAAUAAGCUCGUGGUGUGGCUGAAACUGAUCUUACAGUGCCAGUACCUUCUGGAGCACUAUUACCUCUCGUGGAGUUACGUUGUGAAGACAGGCUUCCAAGAUGCGUUUCACACCUUGGAUCGCCUCACUAGUUACAAGUUCGACUUACCGGUGGACCUGGCUGUGCGACAGUUUCAGAACAUUAAGGAUGCGUUUUGAUCGUGCCGUAUCAGGUGCAGUCUUAUCGUUUCAUGCAAAUGACAACGUAGGUAAUUGUAGAACGUACGUGUACUUUCAGUAUACACUUUCUGUAACACACGCUACAAACAGAGUUAUACGAGCAAACAGUACAUAGUCACUCAGAAUAUCGAAACAUACUUUCUUUUGAGUUUAAAAAUGCAAUUGAAUUUCUGACCCAAGAGAGAUACUUAACCGAUCUAUUUCGCAGUGAUUUAUCUCCUCUGCAUGUCAACCCAUAUGCCGUCGAAAAGUUUGUCUUUUCUCCGAGAUAAAUAUCGCAGAAACGUUCAUUUCUCAUUCCCUGAGUGUUCGUUGUAUUAAAUGCACAUAGAGUUGAAUUGCAAUAAUUAAUAGGUGUAAUUAUAUUUACUUUGUAAGAGGUAUCAUCAGUAUUGUAUAGAUCAGUUAUGAAUGUAUAAAACUUUAUUUCUCUCGCUUGUCACGCACGACAGGCAAUAUCUAUGUAUAGUCUGCAAACCUUAAGAGGGGAACCUGAUUAGAAUCCACGAUAUGUCUAUAUACAGAUGUUUUUCAUCGCGGCACGCAUAUAUAAACACAAAUAUUGCCUGACGUUAAUUAAAGAGACGUACUGAAUCAAGCGAAACUAGUCAUCCCGAAAGAAAACAUUCCGUAUUUUGCACGUCAAACGCGAAGUCACAAACAUUUAUGAGCAUACUUAAAGGAAACAUACCAAAAAUGUGUAAUAUCACGAUGUAACGCGGCUAGAGUUGCUGCAUUGGACGCAAUUUGUAUAUCGUAAGGCGUCCCAUGUAUAUCUGUAUGUAUAAGUUAGCAUGCAUAUAUAUAUAUAUAUAUAUAUAUAUAUAUAUAUAUAUAUAUAUAUAAGAAAAUAAUGUAAUAUAUAUAUACGAGGCGUAAACCAUCUGCUUUUUAUAAGACGAUGAAUUAUUUUAAGUUAGUUCCACGGAUAGAGAUACACUGUUGCAAAAAAUAUAUAUACUUACGAUGCAA